CAGCUGCUGGUGGUUCCAGGCUUUGCUGUAGCGGUUUCGACGUUUGUCCGGUUGCCUUCCUAGAGAUCAUCAUGUCCGCUGAUGUGGAGAGUCUAGUCGUGUUCGAGCGGGAUCACUAUGAUGAGUACGAAUACUACAACCUGCAGGAAUACGGCUGCGGGGCCGGGGGGAAAGGCAGGACCAAGAAGGAGAUCGAACUGAACGGAAACCGCCACGUACCCGCCGGCCACGAGAGGAAGAUUGAAGAGAAGCUGCACAACAGCGAAAUGAAGCGCAGCAGGAUCCGAAGUACCUCCAACUAGAAUUGGCGUACACACUCAGGUAUUUGACUUGUGCUCAAACUUAUUUUGAUUUGCCUUUGGUAUUUGUGGUUCUGUUAAUGAGACGUCGGACUCGCCUUACGGAAGACUCCUUCCGCGGUUAUUUCCACGAAGCAGUGCUGUGGGCCUGAACUGCAUCCUGAACUUUGCAUGUGUUGAAUGUGCUGCAGUUGCAUAGCAGAAGCUGCUGUUGGAGCUUUAACCAAUAGAAAGGUUUUAAUUACCUGCACCUUGCAGUAUACAUUUAGUAG